AUGCCGAACUUGGUUCACAUGCAGACGCACAAAUUUCCACUGCUGGUCUCGCAAUGCAUCGUCUGUGCAGCCAGUCGUCAAGCUGGUCAGCGCACAUCCAGGACGGCGCAGCAAAGCCGAGGGUCAGCGGCCGCUGUUGCGACGACCAUCCUGCUCCUCGAGAGCUCGGCCAUCGCGGAUCACCAUUCGGCAGCUGCUCUUGCCGUUGAGACUGCUCUGAACUCUGUGGUUGAUCAAUAG